UUGCCAUCGGACGAGUCCUUGCGCCGCUAAUUAGCCAAGAGAGAGAGAGAGAAGAAGGAAGACUCUAAGGCUGGAGAAGGCAGAGCCCGUCAUUUGCCUCACGUUCUGUGGGCGUCGCGUCCUCAACUGAAUCCAUGGUGCCCAUCGCUCGACUCAAUCUCAUCCGUCAACACCUUCUUCUUCAUCCUUCUCUUCCAUUUUUUUCUCCUUCGGCAACUUCCUCCUCCGCAACCAUCAUGGCGACUGGCACGGCCGACUAUCCCGAGCCGCUGCCCAAGGUCGGCAUGCCAUUUCUGCACCGGCUCAACUGUUUCUUGCGACUCUGGCUGCUGAAGCUCCUCGCCAACACUUACUUUUUCAUCCUGCGCCUGGUCUUCCCGCCCUCGCCAGGGUCCCAGCCAACGCUGGUCAAGCGCUACGCAUGUCGCGCCAUGCUGGAGACCCGCAUCUUCUAUCCGCGCGAUUAUCGUGCCGGCGAGAAGCUGCUCCCCGUCUACUUUAACGUCCACGGCGGCGGCUUCGCCCUCUGCGAUGCGUCCGUUGACGACGAGUUUUGUUCUUCCUGGGCGUCUCGCACCGGCAUGCUGGUCAUCAGUCUGGAUUAUCGCAAGGUGCCUCUCCAUCCGUUCCCCACGGCCACCUACGACGUGGCGGCGCAGGUGGAAGCCAUCCUGGACGACGAGUCCCUGCCUAUCGACCGGGCACGCGUCGCCAUUGGCGGAUUCAGCGCCGGCGGCAACCUGGCGCUGUCGGUGGCCCAACUGCCGCCUCUGAAGGAGCUGGUGCAGGCCGCCGUGGUCUACUACCCCAUCGUCGACUUCGGCCACCCCCCCAACGAGAAGCUGGCGUCCAGGCCGUAUACGAGCGGACCGAAGGACAAUCUCGAGGAGGCGUCCUGGUGGCUCGAUUGGGGCUACGUGCGCGUGGGACAGAACCGCCGCGAUCCCCUGCUGAGUCCGGAAUACGCCCGGCAGGAGGAUCUGCCGCCUUGGAUUUACAUGAUUGGCGCCCAGUGGGAUAUGCUGCGCCUGGAGUCGCAAGUCAUGAUUCAUCGCCUAGCCGGUUUGGAGGACAAGGAGGACCAGGAGGCACCGUUCGAGAAGGGCACCUAUAAGUGGACUUUGGCCACGGGCCAGUCGCACGGUUUUACGCACAGCCGCGGACGCAACCCGGCCAAGAGAGCCAAGCGACAGCAGAUGUGCGAGGAGAUCUACGGCGAGGCGCAUGCGUGGUUGAAAAAGAGUGUGCUGCGGUAAACCCCGGUCGAAGGACUCCUUCAGGGGUGUUUUCUUUCUUAUGGAAGGCGAUGGGAGAAUCGGGAGGUAGAC